GCCGGGGAGCAUAGUCGCCAGUCCAGCACGGAGACUCGCCUGGCCAAAGACUGCGCCGCAUACUCGCCAGGAUUGCCAAACAUUCCUGAAAAAUAUACCUGCUAUUUAUGGCAUGUGGCUUGUAACUUUACUCCUGCUGUACUCUCUCCAGGAAGUACACAGCGAGGAUGUGGGCUCUACCAGGCUGUACUUUGUGAACGCGUCCCUCCAGAGGCUGACCUACUCCAGCUCGGUGGGGGUGUCUCUGCCCUGUCCGGCGGGCGGCACCCCCACCGCCAUCCUGCGCUGGUACCUGGCCACCGGCGAUGACAUCUACGAUGUGCCCCACAUCCGCCACGUCCAUGCCAAUGGCACCCUCCAGCUGUACCCCUUCUCGCCCUCCGCCUUCAACUCCUACAUCCACGACAACGACUACUUCUGCACCGCAGAGAACCAGGCUGGCAAGAUCCGCAGCCCCAACAUCAGAGUCAAAGCUGUGUUCAGGGAGCCCUACACGGUGCGUGUGGCAGACCAGCGCUCCAUGCGUGGCAACGUGGCCGUGUUCAAGUGCCUCAUUCCCACCGCCGUGCAGGAGUACGUCAGCGUGGUGUCCUGGGAGAGAGACACCGUCUCCAUCAUCCCAGCUAACAGGUUCUUCCUGACGUCCUUUGGUGCUCUGUACAUCUCAGAUGUCCAGAAAGAGGAUGCCCUCUCUACCUACCGCUGUAUCACCAAGCACAAAUACAGCGGAGAGACACGCCAGAGCAAUGGAGCCAGGCUGUCUGUCAUGGACCCCACAGAGUCGUCUCCCUCUAUCCUGGAUAGUUUCCAGGCGGGGGAGGUGCGGGCGGGUCAGAGUGUGGAGCUCCCCUGCAUGGCAGCGGGGUACCCCAACCCCACAGUGCGCUGGCUGAAGGACGGCCGCCCACUGCCUUCCGACGCUCGCUGGAUGCGGCGCCUCACAGGUCUGACCAUCAGUGACCUCAGGCAGGAGGACAGCGGCAGCUACGCCUGUGAGGUCACCAACAGCUUUGGCUCCAAGGAGGUGUCCGGAGCACUUUACGUCAUAGACCCCCUGCGAGUGACCCUUUCCCCCAAGAGUCUGAAGACGGGCAUCAGCAGUACCCUGUUCUUUACCUGUGCUGUGGAGGGUUCUCCAGAGUACACAGUGGCCUGGUACAGGAACACAGACCCUAUAGUCCCAGAUCAGCACAUCUCCAUCCAGGGGCCCCACAACGACACCCUGCAGAUCACAGCGGCUCAGAAGAGCCACUCUGGGGCCUACCAGUGCUUCGCCUCCCGCAAGGGCCACACCGCCCAGGACUUCUCUAUCAUACUGCUGGAGGAUGGUACUCCUCGUAUCGUGUCCUCCUUCAGUGAGCGCGUGGUCGCCCCCGGUGAGCCCUUCUCCCUGAUGUGUGGCGCCAAAGGAGCCCCACCCCCCUCCAUCACCUGGACGCUGGACGACGAGCCUGUGGUGCGAGACUCCGCCUACAAGACCAGCCAGUACACCCUAUCAGACGGCCUGACCGUGUCACAUGUCAACGUAAGCAGCCCGGCCAUCCGCGAUGGGGGAGUGUAUCGCUGCGCCGCACGCAACUCGGCCGGUAGCGCCGAGUACCAAGCGCGCAUAAACGUAAGAGGUUCUCCUAGGAUCAGGGAGAUGCGUGACAUCACGGCUGUAGCUGGAAGGAACACCUUUAUAACCUGUCGUGUGAUUGGUUACCCCUACUACUCUAUCAAGUGGUUUAAGGAUGGCAUGCUGCUGCCUGACAACCAUCGCCAGGUGGUGUAUGAGAAUGGAACCCUGAGGCUGAGUGAUGUGCAGAAGGGCAUGGACGAGGGUACCUACCUGUGUAGUGUACUCAUCCAGCCACAGACCUCCAUCGACCAGACUGUCCAUGUCACUGUGAAAGUGCCGCCCCUGAUCCAGCCCUUUGACAUCCCCUCCACGUCGGUGGGAAAGCUGAUGUACAUCGCCUGCGUGGUGUCGUCAGGGGACAUGCCCAUCCGCAUCACCUGGCACAAAGAUGGGCAGCUCAUCGUGCCUGGCUCCACCUCCGGCGUUGGCAUAGAGACCAAGGAGUUCAUGAGCUCCCUGCAGAUUUCCAAGGUGACACUGAAGCACAACGGCAACUACACCUGCAUCGCUAGCAACGCCGCGGCAACUGUCAGCUGGGAGAGACAGCUGAUCGUCACCGUUCCCCCUCGCUUCGUGGUCCAGCCUAACAACCAGGAUGGGAUCUAUGGGAAGGCAGGAGUACUCAACUGCUCUGUGGAGGGGUACCCUCCUCCCAAAGUCAUGUGGAAACACGCCAAAGGUAUAGGGAACCCCCAGCAGUACCACCCUGUGCCUCUGACUGGUCGGAUCCAGAUCAUGUCCAACGGCUCCCUGCUGAUCCGUCACGUCCUGGAGGACGACCGGGGAUACUACCUCUGUCAGGCCUCCAACGGAGUGGGUUCUGACAUCAGCAAGAGCAUGGUCCUUACCGUCAAGAUUCCAGCCAUGAUCACGUCGCACCCCAACACCACCAUGGCCAUCAAGGGCCAGGUGAAGGAGCUGAACUGCACAGCGCGGGGGGAGCAGCCCAUCAUCAUCCGCUGGGAGAGGGGUGACACCGUCAUUGACGCCGAGAGAAACCCUCGCUACUCCAUCACCAUCAACAAGAAAGGGGACGAGGUCAUCUCCACGCUCAAGCUGAAGCCAGCGGAGCGCGGGGACUCAGUCUUCUUCUCCUGCCACGCCAUCAACUCAUACGGAGAGGGGCGAGGACUCAUCCAGCUUACCGUGCAAGAGCCUCCUGACCCUCCUGAGUUGGAGGUGAGAGAGGUGAAGGACCGCAGUAUGAACCUGCGCUGGAUCCAGAGGUUCGAUGGCAACAGCAUCAUCACCAGCUACGACAUCGAGUAUAAGAACAAGUCUGAUACUUGGGAUCACAAGUACACAACCAGGAACAUCUCCCCCACUAACAACCAGGCUAACAUCGUGGAGCUGCACCCUGCCUGUGUCUACAGCAUCCGCAUGUACUCCUUCAACAAGAUCGGACGCAGCCAGCCUAGCAAGGAGCUCACCAUCAGCACAGAGGAAGCACAACCUGAUGGGCCCCCUAUGGACGUGAUCCUCCAGCCAAUGACGUCGCAGAGCAUACGGGUCACAUGGAGGGCCCCCAGGAAGGAGCUUCAGAACGGGGUGAUCCGGGGGUACCAGAUUGGUUACCGUGAAAAUGGGCCGGGCAGUAAUGGCCAGUACAGCAUUGUAGAGAUGAAAGCUACAGGGGACAGCGAGGUGUACACCCUGGACAACCUGAAGAAGUUUGCCCAGUAUGGAGUGGUGGUCCAGGCCUUCAACAGGGCUGGCACUGGCCCCUCUAGCACUGAGAUCAACGCAACCACACUGGAGGAUGUGCCCAGCCAGCCGCCCCAGAACGUGCGGGCCAUCUCGGUGACUUCAGACGAGGCAGUGAUCACAUGGGCGGAGCCCCCGCGUCUGACGCUGCAUGGCGUGCUGAAGGGCUACCGCGUGGUGUUCUGGUCCCUCUUCCCCGACGGAGGUGGGUGCUGUGGGGGCCAGGCACAGGGGUCGAUGCAGAAAUGGGGAGAGAUGCAGAACAUCACUACAACUCGUGAGCAGGUGGAGCUGAGAGGGCUGGAGAAGUUUACUAACUACAGUGUCCAGGUGCUGGCCUACACACAGGCUGGGGACGGGGUCAGGAGCAAUGUCCUGUACAUCCAAACCCGCGAGGACCUCCCAGGUCCUCCAGCUGGUAUCAAAGCCGUGCCCUCAUCUCCCAGCAGUGUGGUUGUGUCCUGGCUACCCCCCCAUAAACCCAAUGGUGUCAUCCGCAAGUACACCAUCUACUGCUCCAGCCCAGGCUCCGGACAGCCGCAAGCCUGGGUAGAAGCUGAGAUAGGGAGGGAGAGAGAAAGAGAGAAAAAGGCUCCCAGUGAGUAUGAGGCCAACCCAGAGAUGUUGUUCUACAGGAUCACCCAUCUGACCCGCGGUAAACAGUACCUCAUCUGGGCUGCCGCUGUGACAACCGCUGGCCGCGGCAAUAUCAGCGAAAAGGUCACCGUGGAGCCUGCUGGGAAAGCCCCAGCUAAGAUCCUGUCAUUCGGGGGCACGGUGACCACUCCCUGGAUGAAGGAGAUCCGUCUGCCCUGCAGCUCAGUGGGAGAACCCACCCCAACCUUCAAAUGGACCAAAGACAGUGAGGACUCGACAAUCCCUGUGACUGUGGACGGACAGCGUCAGAUCCUGUCCAACGGUACUCUGGUGCUGCGUUCCGUCAAAGCUGAGGAUUCUGGGUACUACACGUGCACGGCCACCAAUACGCUGGGCUUUGACACCAUCAUUGUCAACCUGCUGGUGCAAGUUCCUCCAGACCAGCCCCGUCUGACAGUCUCCACCACCUCCACCUCUUCCAUCACCCUGGCCUGGAUCCCUGGGGACAACGGAGGCAGCUCCAUCAGAGGUUUCGUCCUGCAGUACUCAGUGGACAACACGGAGGAGUGGAGGGAUGUGUUCAUUAGUUCCAGUGAGCGUUCCUUUAGGCUGGACAACCUGCGCUGUGGCACCUGGUACAAGGUCAAACUGGCAGCCAAAAACAGUGUGGGCUCAGGACGCAUCUCUGAGAUCAUCGAGGCCAAGACGCACGGACGAGAGCCUGUGUUCAACAAGGAGCAGCCCUUGCUCACCCACAUCAACUCCACCCAUGCGGGGCUCAACCUACAGGGCUGGACCAGCGGAGGCUGCCCCAUCACCGCUCUGCUGCUGGACUUCCGGCCCAAGGGCACGUGGGCAUGGCAGAGCCUGAAGGCCAAUGCCACGGCCCAGCUCUUCCUCAGCGAGCUACGCGAGGCCACCUGGUACGAACUGAAGAUGAAGGCCUGUAACAGCGCUGGCUGUGGGAACCAGAGCUCCCAGUUCGCCACCACAGACUAUGACGGCAGUACCAUCCCUCCUAUAAACUCAGCCCAGGAGGACAGGGACGAUGUGAAGAAGCUGUUCUCCAUAGGCUCUCCUGUCAUCCUGGUCACCCUGGGCGUCGCCCUGCUCUUCAUCAUCCGCAAGAAACGCAAGGAGAAGAGACUGAAACGACUCAGAGAUGCUAAGAGCCUUGCAGAGAUGCUUAUCAGCAGUAAGAACAAUCGCAGCAUGGACACCCCAGUGAAGGGUCCUCCACAGGGCCCCCGGCUCCACAUCGACAUCCCCCGUGUCCAGCUGCUCAUCGAGGACAAGGAGGGGAUCAAGCAGAUAGGUGAGGACAAGGCAGCGGCCCCAGUGACGGACACCGAGUUCAGCCAAUCAGUGAAUCCACAGAGCUUCUGCACAGGCGUGUCGCUGCACCACCCCGCCCUCAUCCAGAACACAGGGCCCUUGAUUGACAUGUCAGACAUCCGCCCUGGAACCAACCCAGUGUCGAGGAAGAGUGUGAAGUCAGCCCACAGCUCCAGGAACCGUUACUCCAGCCAGUGGACCCUGAGCAGGCCGGGCCAGAGCCAAUCAACUGCCUCUGCAAGAACUCUGACCUCUGACUGGCGCACCAUGGGCUCUCACGGCAUCACCGCCACCGAGAGUGACAGCUACAGCGCCAGCCUGUCCCAGGACACUGAUAAGGGUCGUAACAGCAUGGUGUCCACAGAGAGUGCAUCGUCUACGUACGAGGAACUGGCGCGGGCCUACGAACACGCCAAACUGGAGGAGCACCUGCAGCACGCCAAGUUCACCAUCACAGAAUGUUUCAUCUCCGACAGCUCUUCUGACCAGAUGACCACGGGCACCAACGACCCGGCUGACAGCAUGACAUCACUCAGCACGCCGUCCGAGACGGGCCUUUGUCGCUUCACCGCCUCGCCACCCAAACCCCAGGACUAUGACCGCGGCAGACCUACCAACGUGGCCGUGCCCAUCCCCCACCGCGCCAACAAGAGUGAAUUCUGCAACCUCCCGCUCUACAUGAAGACGGACCCUUUCUUCCGGAAACAGGCGGAGCUGCAUGACCCGUGCCCUGCUGUGCCGCCCCGGGAGGCCUCCAUCCGCAGCCUGGCACAGCGGUCAUACCACACCCAGGGUCGUCACAUGACUCUGGACCCAUCCAAGCAGCAGGCCCUGACGCUGGGACACUCUGGGCUGGGCAGCCUGGGCAUGAGCUCGGGUACUGCCACCCUGCCCCAGAGGACUCUCACUAUGCCCGGUUCCAACCCUGCAGCCACAGCCUCCACCUCCAGCACCAGCAGCAAUCCCACUGGCUCCAGCACCAAGAUGGGGGGCUCCAGAGACUCACUGCUAGAGAACAGCUCCUCAGCGUUGGGCAGACUGCAGAAGCAAGGGGUCGGGGCCUACUCCAAGUCUUACACACUGGUGUAGCUACUAGCCCCCCUUCUUUCUCUCAAAGACUAUACACUCCUGUCUGGCCCCGGUCAACACCCAGCCCCACACCAGUGUUCUACACUCCAGGUCAGGGAGGGCAUGCAGUGUAGUGCAUUGCAGCAGGUGUCCCCAGCUAACAGCUAGCUAACAGCUAAUUACCCAGUAGCGUGAUUAGUCUUUAUUCUGACCUUGGGUUCUGCCUCCCAGGAAUGACCAGAGACCAUUGUAACCUGCCUGAUUCAUGCUCACCUGGACCUGUAUAAAACAAACUACAAUCUCCUACUGACUACCAGUUAGCCUGCUGCCAUGCUGCUCAGUGUCGGGACGUACCUACAUACACACACACACAGAAGAAGACCUGGAGCUGUUCUCCAAGGUCAUUUCAAACCAAUUGAGUAUUACUGAGGAGCUGAACUGUGAAAGCUCACUGCUCGUGCUAAUGAAGUCAAUGAUAGCGGAGGAGGCUGGGCUAAAAAGCAGUGUUCAUCACACACACAUACAUUAUGCUGCCCUCCAUGGUUUGAGCAGAAGCUCCAGUUUUAUGCCCUCUAGUCUCGUCUCACUCUCUCUAUGUCUCAAUGUCCAGUUUCACUCUCCAUCUCUCUCUCUCUCACUCUCUCUCUCUCUCUGUGGAUUCCAUAAGGAACGAUUUCAGGUUCACCUCACUCAGAACUUUAAGUUCGUAUUUUUAGCACAUUUAUUGUUGAUAUUUCCCCACACUCCCCUCCUCCUUCCCAACUCAACAUUAUCCGAUAGCUUUUGACCGAAACAUGACAACCCAAAUAACCCAGCAAUGAUUUGAAAACAUCAGGGCUCUCGCAAUACAAACAAAUAUACAAUAUUUGGUAUUUUAAAGAUUUUACGUAUAUAUUUCUAUAUAAGUAUAUUAUGUCAUUUAAGUGAAAUUAUGGCAAAGAAUAAAACUAUACAACCAUUUAAAUGUUUUAAAAACUAUAAGAAUGAGACAAUCGCUCAGUCAUGUGAAGAGCAGUGAAAAUGAAAGGGGGGUAAAGAAUAGAAGAGUAUUAUGAAGAUGGAGGAGCAUGUGUAUAUAGAGGGUGUUCUGUAUGUUACUUUAGACAGGCUGAGAGGAACGAGGUGACUUCCUUUCCAGACAGGAAGUGUCCAUCUCAAAGCCCUCUAUUAGUUAGUAUCUCAUAAGGUUGUCUGUGAUUGGUUGGUGUACUUACUUUCAGAAGCCAAAUCAUUUCCUCUGAAGACGGGUGUAUCCAGGGUGACCUACACUGUUGACACUGUUGUCUAUCAUUUCUCUGCUUUCGUUCACCUGUUACUUGAGUAAACAGAGGCCAUGACCACUCAGGGCCUCAGGUAUGGGCCUUUGACCUUUGACCUGUGGUAGCAGUGGGGUUACAGGGUCACUGUGAGUGGAGCAGAAGUCAGGGAUCAGAGCACGGCUACUGUAUCCCACAGCUAGUUACCACACAGAGCGCACAUCAGUAGCCCUGUAACCUCUACCAACCUCUCAGCCCAUGAAUUACUGUCUCCCUCCCUCCAAUACAAAAUGGCCGCCAAGACACCAAGGAGGAUAAUCAUGUGAAGUAAGUGAAUUGUCUAGUUUACCAGAGAGACAUUACCAGCCAGUCGGGGUGUUCAGUUUAAUAUGAUAAGAUGAUGUGCAGUCAGUGGUCUAUUGCUGCCCUGUCUGAAGUACUGUAUAUUUCCCACUUCUUUCUCCAUCCCCAAUAACCAUGUCCAUCCUCAUCCCCCACACCAUUUUGUGCUACUACAUGUACAUCAACACAAGAACUUGUUGGAAUGUCCAUUGAAGCAUCCCCAUUCUAAUGUUUUGUCAUUUCUUUUGUUUUUGGAUUAUUUUUUAAGGUCCAUCUGUUGAUUUUUAAUUGAAUUUGUUUGUUUUUACUUGUUUAUUUAUUAACAUUUUUUGGGUUCCAGAGGUCAGAUAGUACUGAGGCAUGACACACCUAUGCCUUCGGCCAGCUUUAACCAAGUAAAAUCAGGGACUCCUAGCUCUUUAGGUCACACCAGAGCCAUGUAUUUAGAGAGUUGGGCCAAUGCGGUUUCUACAUUAUGAUGCAUUUACAUGACACUUCAAAAUUCUAUGCCAGCCAUAGCUCCCCAUUAACAUUACAUGGGGAAUAUAAAAAAAAUACUAUAAAACUGAAUGUCUAGAAUGAGCAUUAUGAUACAUUUACAUGACUACAACAUUAUAUGGCAGCCAUGUUAGCUCCCCAUUAGCAUUACAUGUGGCAUAUUUUAGCAAUGCUAUGUAACUGAAUGUCUAGAAUUAGAACAAUAUUAAAAAUUCUAAAAGUUGUCCGAACUCUAAAUAUAUGGCACUUGGUCACACACACUGAAAUUGUGUAUAUACUGGACAGCGUCAGGAAAACCUGACACUCCCAACCAGCUCUCCCUAGUUAACUCCCUGCCACCUUGGACAUACAGUACUGGACCCACCGCCACUACCUUUGUCAUUGUUGUUUAUAGAUUAACUCUUGUACAUAAAACACAGUUUUGUAUGAAGAGCUAUUUUCGUCAGAAUAAAAUAGGGCUAGAUCAGGGUUGAAUCAUGCCCCAACUUCAAAAUUAAAACAACAUGAAUGAAAAUAUUGAUUUGAUAAACAUUCCCUUCAUGUUUUUUAUACUAAUUUGUUGCAUUUUUAUUCUUUUUUAAAGGUAUAUUGAUGUUGUCAUUUGUCCUAUUCACUUUUUUUAUGAUAAUUUUUUUGUAUUUUGUUCAUUCUCAAAAAUGACAUUGCAUGCUUGGUAAAAGGGAAAAGGUGAGGGAAAGAAAUUUACGAAAUCUUUAAAUUUGAAGAAAAAUAAAAUGUUGAGGGGAUUCCAAACAUUCAUUUGAGUUGCUUCUAACAGCAAUUGCUUGUCUUUAAAAUAACAUUUUCUAUGAAAAGUAAUGAAAAAACAAACAAAAAUAGUAUUCUAACACCUUGUGCAAUAAAGCUAUCUUUCUAUA